AUGUUCAUAUUGUACAUAAUUUUUGUUGUUAUUCCAUUUUUAAUAUUUGCUUAUAUCAUAUAUAAAAAUGUAUGUAAAAUCAUUAAUGAAAAUAAAAAAAGAAAUGAAUUCUUUGGUUACCUAAAUGGUGAUAAUAAACAGUAUAACCUUUAUGAAAACUUUACAAAAAAAUACGAAAUCGAAAAAUAUAAAUAUUAUUUAAAAGUAGAAAGAGGUAUACAAGCUGAUUACCAAACAAAUAUACUAGACGACCCAAAUGUUGACAAAUAUGAAAUAGAUAAACAGAACGAACAAUAUUUAGAAAAUAUAUUAGAUCAGGUUUAUAAAGAUGAUAAAUUUUUAGAAGACAGUGAAAUGAAUGACCCAGAAAAAAGUUGGAUGAGAAAAUUGUCCAACGAAGAUGUUGUUAAAUUAAAGGUCUUAUUAUUAAAAAAAGCUAUUUAUUUUUUACCUGUGUGCAAUAAAAUAUUUCAAGAUAAAAAUAAAAAAGGUAGAUUGUAUAAUAAUUACUAUAUGGAUGAUAAUAUGUCCAAACAAUUAGACGGGCAAUGUGAAGAAUUUCUGGAAGAAUUUAAUUUUAUAUUGCAUGAGGCCAACUGUUUAUCAGAUAAAUGGGGUGAUACCAUCAUUUCAGAUGCCUAUAGAAUUUAUCAUCAUAACAAAGCCAAGGCAGAAGAAGAGAAAAAGAAAAAAGAGGAGCUGAAAAAUAUGUUGAAAAAACAAAAACUCAAAGAAAAAAAACUAAAAGAGACAACAGAAAAGGCAAACCUUUUAGCUAAUGAGAUAAUUGAAGAAGAGAAUUCGAAGAAGAAAAAGAAAAAAAGCAAAUAA